AUGAUUCGGACCACUCCUGAUUCCAAGAUAUCGUUCGAGAGAUACAUGGAGAUCGGGAGGGUAGCUCUCGUCAACUAUGGCAAAGACUACGGGAAGCUCGGUGUCUUCGUCGAUGUCAUUGACCAAAACAAAGCUACGAUUGGGUCCCCUGAUAUGGUUAGGAGCCAAGUGAACUUCAAGAGGUGGUCACCGAUAUCAAGAUUGAAAUUAGCGGUCCCCUUGUUAGAGAUCGGUCUGUCGGUCAUACUGGAGAUGAGCAAGGAAAAGAUCCGAAAAAAGAUCAAGGUGGUUGUCAUGAGGAGAAUUCUCACCGGAAAAGUCAAGAGCAGAAAGCUCUUGAAAUUCCUAAAGAUUUUAGAAACAAGUUUUCUAAAGGAUCUUUUCACUAAAGCUAUAGGUCUUGCAAUUCAUAUCUUUAAUAAUCGUGCACCUUCUUGGAAGCCCAAUCACAGUUCGUCAUUAAGGCCUCGUUGUCAUCUCCUUUUGGCAGCUCAAAGUUACUCCGUCAUCUCAACUAUAGCAGCUCCGGAGUCCGCAGAGCAUUGGUAUUGA